GUCUUCGUCGCCUUGGUUGCUCUCUCGUUCGCGUCUCCCUGCACCGCCGUCGCCGUGCCCGCCGCCGACUGCACCCUCCUCCACCGCCGCCAUGCCGUCCUCGUCCCGCCGCCGCGACGACGACACCAUCUCCGAGGCGAGUUCCAUCUCGUCGCGGCGAUCCGUGCCCGGCCCGCCGCCCAUCGACACGCGCAUGUCGCAGUCCGGCCGCCCGCGCCCCAAGUUCGUGUCCUUCAGUCGCGAUUCUGACCUGUCCGCCCCGCCCAAUCGCGACCAGGUCAGCGAGUCCACGCCGCUCAUCGUCCCCGACCACGCCCGCGAGACCGACCGCCUGCUCAAGGAGCCCACCUUCGCCCAGGAAGACGACGACUACUUCCCCGAGUUCGAGGAGACAAAGAGCAGCUUCUUCCUCUUCCUGCUGACCCUCGGCGGUCUUGGUCUGCAGAUUGGCUGGUCGGUCGAGACGUCCAAUGGCUCGCCCUAUCUACUGUCCCUGGGCCUGAGCAAGUCCAUGCUGGCUCUCGUCUGGAUCGCCGGCCCCCUCUCUGGUGUGCUCGUGCAGCCCUACGUCGGCCUGAAGAGCGACAACUGCAGAAUCACCUGGGGGAAGAGACGUCCGUUCAUCAUCGGCGGCGCUGUUGCAACCAUCGCCUCCCUGAUGCUCCUCGGAUGGGCUCGUGAGAUUGUGGCCGGCAUCGGUAGCCUCUUUGGCGCCGAAGCUGACAACCACUGGGUCGUCACCAUCACCAUGUUCUUCGCUGUGCUGCUGAUCUACGUCCUUGAUUUCGCCAUCAACGUCAUCCAAGCUGCCAUUCGCGCCUACAUUGUAGAUGUCGCCCCGACCCACCAGCAAGAAUCAGCCAACGCGUGGCUUAUGCGGUCUGCUGGCGUUGGAAACAUUGCUGGCUACCUGGCUGGCUACAUCAACCUGCCCCUCUACCUCCCGUGGCUCGGCGACACUCAGUUCAAGGUUCUUUGUGCCAUUGCCUCAUUCAUCAUGGCCCUUACCGUUGGUGUUAGCUGCACCGCUGGCGAGCGAGACCCUACCCGGGAUCCGCCACCGCCUGAGCAGCAGGAAGGCGUCAUUGCUUUCUUCAAGAGCCUCUCCGUAUCUGUCAACAGGCUCCCAGAUCAGAUCAAGCGUGUCUGCGAGGUGCAGUUCUUCGCCUGGAUUGGAUGGUUCCCUUUCCUGUUCUACAUCACCACCUAUGUCGGCGAGAUCUACGCGGAUCCAUUCUUCGAGGCGAACCCCCACAUGUCCGAUGCAGAGAUCGACAAGGUCUGGGAAGAUGCAACUCGCAUUGGCACCCGUGCCCUUUUGGUCUUUGCUUGCACCACCUUCUUGUGCUCUGUCAUCUUCCCCUUCAUCAUCCCGCCUAGCUUCCAGGCUCCCGAACCUGAGCCACAGCCUCCUACACCUGGUACUCCCAUGAGACCCACCACUCCCCUUACCCCUGCAACUCCCCACUCCAUGGGUGGCUCUGGUUACUUCACGCUGAGGCCUAAGCGCACAGGACCCCCCAAGUCGAAGAUGGACAAGUUUUACGCCGCCCUCGACAAGUUGCAGAUCAAGUCUCUUACUCUCCGUCGGUCCUGGUUCAUCUCUCACAUUGUCUUCGCCAUCCUCAUGGGCUUAACGUUCGUGAUCAAGUCGACCAUGGGCGCUACCAUUCUUGUUGGCGCCAUCGGUGUUCCGUGGUGUCUUACUGGUUGGGCACCCUUCUCCAUCAUCGCUUCUGAGAUAUCUAAACGCGAUGCCAUCCGCCGUGGUGCCAUCAAGCCGACGUCCGAGGAAGAGCAGGCUGUCGCCGAGGGUGCUGAUGCUGGAGACGCGGAUUCCGCCGGAGUGGUACUCGGUAUCCACAAUGUCGCCAUCGCGGCCCCGCAGGUCAUUGCCACGCUUGUCAGCUCCGUUAUCUUCAGGGCCCUUCAAAGGCCCCGUGGUGUCGCAGGUGACGAUAGUGUAGCUUGGGUUCUGCGAUUUGGUGGUCUAUGCUCCAUCAUCGCUGCUUGGCUGACGCUCCGAGUACAUGAAGAGAAGGAUCUGGAAGAAAGAGAUGAGGAGCGACCUAGCCGCAGGAGGCGCUUGUCGGAGUUGUCCAACAUGACAUCGGUUCUGGACGGACAUUCCGGGCGGUAAUCUGCCAUUGUGGAGCGACGCACUGUACACCUACUGUUUCAUUGCGCAGUGCAUGGUGGAUUCUUUACAACAUCCAUCGACGGGGUCUUCGCACCAAAAGAGCUUGAAUACUAUGCAUUACGGCGAGCGACGGAGUUACCUGGCUGCAUCUUUGUUACGGAGUUACGGGCAGGCUUAAUACACGAACAGCUGAUCAACUCUCCCCUAAUAAAACCCUUGAAAUGCUGAAGUAGAGUCUUUACCGUGUUCUCACCGCCCGAUAAGCCCCGUAGCCUUGGAUGUGACGAACCGUUA